AUGCAAAAGGGUAGGAAAGGCUUUGAGAAAUCAAAUACAGUACAUCAGUGGUUAAAAGAGAUGAAGUUACGUGUUGCUGCCGUUCAAUUGAAUUCUAUCUUAGGAAAUGUUGAGGAAAAUAUAGCCAAGGCAACAAGGAUGCUCGAGCAAGCGUUUAACUCCGCAGCUACGAAACCGGAUCUUAUCGUUCUACCUGAACUUGCACUUACCGGAUAUAACUUUAAGUCGCCAGAACACAUCAAACCGUUUUUAGAACAUGUCGGUUCUGGAAAGUCGUACGAAUUCGGCAAGACUGUUUCCCAGCGUUGGAAUUGUAUGACAUUGCUUGGAUAUCCAGAAAAAUACGGAAAAGGCGACUACAAGAUAUAUAACUCGGCAGUACUGAUUGAUCAGAGUGGCAAGGUGCUUCAGAACUACAGAAAAACACAUCUAUAUGAUACAGAUAAAACAUGGGGAUGCAGUGAGUCCCCUGAUGGAUUUAAAGCCUUUGAUUUGCUGAUACGGGGGAAGCAUAUACGCACAACGAUUGGUAUAUGCAUGGAUUUGAACCCUUAUGAAUUUAAAGCGCCAUUUGAGAACUACGAGUUUGCAUCCCAUGCAUCCCAGGAAAAAUGCCAACUAAUCUUGGUACCUACUGCAUGGAUGAAUUCAAACUGGGAUGAAAACUGGACAUCACAUCAGCUUGCUUCUUUCAAAAAGAUAUUUGAGACGCAAAGUCCAAUAGUUGAAAUCAAUACGGAGCAUGAUAGAAUGAAAGAUAAUGCCAUAUUGUACAUGAAAAAAGAAACUAAACUUGCAGAAGAUUUCAAGUUAGAUAAGCCUGAUGGAAGCACUGGGCGAUACUGGGUCAUUAGGCUAGAUCCUUUGUUUUCUAGCGAACAUCCUGGCCUUAAGCAAUGUGUUAUAGUUUGUAAUAGGAGUGGUAUGGAAGAUAAGUUGAUGUAUGGCGGAACGAGUAGCAUGUUUACGUUCUACGGGGGUGCUAUGAGGAAGUCGGAAGAGGGAGUGUCGAUUGACUUUUCCAUUGAGGGAAGUCUUGGACAGGGUACCGAAGGUGUGCUUGUCAGAGAGCUAGAGAUAUGA